AUGAAGUUCACCAACAUUGUUCUGGCUGCCAGCGCCGCUACUGUGGCCUGCGCAUACCCCCGAGGACGGGAAGCUGUUCCCAACAAGCAGACUGCUGAGAUCAAGAAGCGUGCCAAUGGAUUCACUUGGGUCGGUGUGAGCGAGUCCGGUGCCGAGUUCGCCCCUGGCAGCCUUCCCGGUACUCUGGAAAAGGACUACACUUGGCCCAAGACCUCCCAGAUUAAGAUUCUGAGAGAUGCCGGCAUGAACAUCUUCCGUGUCCCCUUCUUGAUGGAGCGCCUGGUGCCCUCCAGCAUGACCGGUGCCCCGGAUGCGACUUACAUGGCCGCCCUCAAGUCUACUGUCAAGUUUAUUACCGACAGCGGUGCCUAUGCCGUCAUUGAUCCCCACAACUACGGAAGAUACGGUGGCAACAUCAUCACCUCGACCUCCGAUUUCAAGGCCUUCUGGAAGACAGUUGCUAAGGAGUUCGUCUCCAACGAGAAGGUCGUCUUCGAUACCAACAACGAGUACCACGAUCUUGACCAGACCCUCGUCCUGGACCUGAACCAGGCCGCCAUUGAUGCUAUCCGUGCCGCUGGCGCCACCAGCCAGUACAUCUUCGUCGAGGGCAACUCUUGGAGCGGCGCCCACUCCUGGACCGCCAACAACGACAACCUCAAGGCUCUUACCGACUCCGAGGACAAGAUAGUCUACGAGAUGCACCAGUACCUUGACGGCGACAGCUCCGGAACCUCCCCAUCCUGCGUCAGCGCUACCAUCGGCAAGGAGCGUCUCGAGUCCGCCACCGCCUGGUUGAAGAAGAACCACAAGAAGGGCUUCAUCGGCGAGUUCGCCGGUGGUGUCAACAGCGUCUGCGAGUCUGCCGUUGAGGGCAUGCUCUCCUACAUGUCCGAGAACAGCGACGUCUGGACCGGCGCCGAGUGGUGGGCUGCCGGUCCCUGGUGGAAGUCUUACAUGUACAACUUGGAGCCCGCUGAUGGCCCUGCUUACGCCACCUACCUCCCCAUCCUCGAGAAGUACUUCGUCGAUGGCAAAGCCGCACCCCCGGCCGAAGUUUCUUCAUCCACCAAGACCACCUCCACUGUCCAGACCUCCACCACCACCAUUGCCGACGUUAAGGUCACUACCACCACCAAGCCCAAUGUCCAGGUCCCCAGCGCUACCUCCAGCUCCACCACCACCGCUGCCGCUGAGACUACUACUACUGCCGCUGUCGGCAAGGUUCCCACUACCACUGCUGCCCCUACUACCCUCGUCACUGCCACAACCAAUGCUCAAGUAUCUACCUGCACCCCACCUGCCUCUACUGAGAACAUUGCUAAGCAAUACUACCAGUGCGGCGGCAUCAACUGGACCGGCCCCACUGUCUGUGAGACUGGAACCACCUGCGUUAAGCAGAACCCUUACUACUCCCAGUGCCUUAGCGCCUAA